GCCGCGCGCCCGCGAACACGUGCCGAGCGACACGAACGAGCGUUCGCGCCGUGCGCCGCCCCAACCAUGGGCGACCUCGAGUGGACCAACGACCUCGUCAUCCGGCUCAUGCAGGAGUACCAGAAGCGGCCGGAGCUGUGGGACUCCUCACACGAGAUGUACCGCGUGCAGACGCUCAAGUACGAGACGUGGCGAGAGCUGGCCGGCAUGUUCGAGUGCGACAUCUCCGACCUGCGCAAGAAGCUCAACUCUUUGUUCGCGUCGCACCGCCGCGAGAAGAGCAAGAUCCGCGCCGGCGGCUACUCCAACUGGUUCCUGUACCCAUACAUGAGCUUCCUGCCCACACACCUCGACAACGACUCUGGCGACGCGCUUACCAAGCAGGGUCCAGCAGUGGCGCGGUCGCGGCCGCCAGUCAAGGAGGCGCGAGUGUCGCGAGCCUCCGACAGCUCGGAGCACUCGGAGGGCUCCGAGCCGGGCGCGUCGCCGGCACACAGCCCGCCCGCGCCUGCGCCGCCCUCGCCCGUGCGCGUCAAGCAGGAGCGCGACGCGGGCCCGGUGGCACGCGCGGCUGCCGCGCAGCGCCCGUGGCGCGCGGACACCCACAAGCCGCGGCUGACGCGGCCCGUGAAGCGGCGCGUGGUGCGCGAGGCGGCGCCGGCGCCCGACAGCAGGGUGGGCGAGGCGCUGAAGCUGCUGCGGCGCACCAGGAAGAAGGACGAGUGCGACAGCUUCGGGGAGUACAUCGCCGACUCGCUGAGGAAGCACGACGAGCGCACGCAGAGCAUGAUCAAGCAGGCCAUCAACAACAUCCUGUUCGAGCAGGAGAUGAAGAAGUACAACACCGCCAGCGGACAGUACACCGUGCUCAUCGCCGGCAUCGACGAGAACCCGCUCAUCCUCAGUGAGAACGACGCCACCACUGAGAGGUGAAACCAUCAGGUGUAAAGUACUUCUACUUCUUACAAGCUAUGAUUGACAGACUGUUGAUUGUGUGAUAUUUGUCUUAUAUUUAUUAGGUAGGUAUGUCAAAAUUUAUUCUUGAAACUGUUGUGAUUUUAUUUAGGGUAAUGUACCUAUAAAAGACUAUCAUAAUAUAAAUGUACAAGUACGUAAAUCAA